GCAAUUAUUAAAAGUACAAAUAACAAAUUUGUGAUAUUCUAGUUAAUAGUUGUAAUCAUCACACUAUUUCUGCUUUGUGAAAAAACAGAGAGAACGAGGAAGAAUAAAAGAAUAAGAGGAAUCUAAUCGAUAACUAUACAUUGAGAGUAACAAGUUAACUCUGGUUAUCAUUAAAUAAAACCAUUAUUAUUUAAUAAUUCUUUUCAAAACUUAUCUGUCCGAAUGUUAAUAAACGUUCAAUUAGAUCCUAAUGAAAUGAAUAAACAGAUUACAUCGAAUGGAAUCACACCAGAAAUUAUAAAUAAUACUUCUAUUAAAAAUCCUAAAUUAUCAUCUUUCUCUUUAUCAUCUUCAUCAUCAUCAACAUCAUCAAUGUCUUCAUCACCUCUACCUAAUCUGUCAUCUUUAAAACAUGAUGAGAAUAAAAUUCCUGAUGAAAAUGUAAAGUUAAAUGUAUCUAACAAACCUACAGUACGAAAUAUUCUUGCAACUACACAUAAAAUACCAAUAUAUUAUUUAAGUCGUGGAAAUAAUUCACAAUUAAUUGAUACAGUUAUGACUGAAUUAGGCUGGAAACGUACAUUUGAUCGACAUGGAGAUUAUACACUACGUUGGACAGAGAACAGUAUUCAAAUUAAUUAUGGGAUAUUUAAAGAAGGUGAACAACUUGUGAACCAUAUACCGAAUUGUGGAUUGCUUACAAAUAAACUUGGAUUAUUAAUAAGUCUUCGUGAUUAUGAAAGACGAUAUCAAAAUAGAUUUGGACGAUUGCCUAUUAUGGUGAUGGAUGAUUUCUUUCCAAAAACAUUUAUUGUUGAUGAUCCAAAGGAACGAGAAGCUUAUUUUAAAUUACAAGAAAAUGAUGAAGCACCACAUAUGUGGAUAUGUAAACCAAUUGGUCAAAAUCAAGGCAAAGGUAUUUUUUUAGUAAGAGAUAUUGAAGAGUUUAAGGUACAUUUAAAAAAUCGAGAUGAUGAAGCACGUAAUCAGCCAUCCGGACUUUUACCAAGAAUAAUCCAAAGAUACAUCAUCAAUCCCUUAUUACUUGAUGGUUGUAAAUUUGAUAUACGAUGUUAUGUUCUUAUAGCCUGUACAAUGCCUUAUUUAGUAUUUUAUCAUCCUGGUUAUAUUCGACGUUCUGCUAAACCGUAUUCAAAUCAAGAUCAAAAUCUUAUAACACACUUGACUAAUCAGUUUGUUCAAAAGAAGGAUCCAGCCUAUGCAGAAAUAAAAAAUAACACAGUUUGGAGCUGGUCACAAGUUAAUGACUAUAUCAAUAAACAUUAUCAAGAAGAAAAAAAAUUACCAGUUGAUUGGACUAAAACAGUUCUUCAGUGGAAGAUUCAGAGAAUUAUUCAUCAUGUAUUUACUACAGUUAAAAAUAGAUUAGCCGCAAAAAUUGGAUUUUUUGAAUUACUUGGGUUGGACUUCAUGUUGGAUGAAAAUAUGAAAGUGUGGCUACUUGAAGUUAAUUCAAACCCAGCAUUACAAACUCAUUGCGAUGUAUUAAAAGAAGUUGUACCAGCUGUAGUGAAAGAUGCUUUACAUAUCAGUAUUGAAUGUUUUGAGAAAAGUCGUCAUCAAAAGUGUUUACUUCCACUACACGGUCUUGACAAUUUAUCUGCUUUCAUAUUUUGUCAACGAAGUAAUAGACAUAUGAGAACAAGUUUAGAUGAAGUGCCGAUUGUGAAUAAAAUCAGUGGUGAUUUAGGUGUACCAACUGGUUGGAAUCUAUUAUACAAUGAAUCACAAGCUGCAUUUCGUGCACGUUGGCCAAUACUCCAAUCAUGUAGUCUUCGUUGUUGGAUUCCACCUAGAUAUAAACCACCUAUUAUUCAGAAUAAUCCUAACUUACAACGGCCUGUUAAUGAUAGCAAUACUGAACAAAACAAGUUGAAUAGUGUAUCACUACAAACGUGUGGGUCAACAGGUGCAACCAACGAAAAUGUAAAUAUAUCAGCAUUUCAUACUACAGAUAUAGUUAAUUGUACUUUAAAAGAGCAAAAUACUUCAAAAAAUACUGUAUCUAAUCAAUUUUUCCAUCCACGUUUAUCUUUACCAGAAUACCGUACCUUUGGAUCCAGUUUAAGACGAUACCCUGCUACGCCUAAUACAAUUAAUAACAAAAUGUUACCAAAAAGAAAUACUUUGGUUAGACAAUCAUUACAAAAUUCAAAACAAACUAUUAAUUUACAAGAUAUCAUUGAGAAGAUUCCCCAACCAGAGUCAUUUAUUACUGUGAAACAACCUGAAUAUCAAAAUAGGACAAUCAAUACAAAUAGUAGUAAUAGUAGUAAUAGUAACGAUACUAGUACUAAGAAUAUUAGUACCAUUAAUAAUAAUUAUAAGGGUAGACGAAUAACUAUGAAUCAUGAAAAUCAAUCUAGAAAACAAAUAAUAUCUAAUCUAUACAAUUGUACAAAGAAUAAACAUGAUUUGGAAGUGUUCAGUGAAGAUGAAAUAUUAACUGGUAAACGAAAAACUAAAACAAAAUUAAAUUUAAUAUCAAUCCAUAGAGAACCUGUACAAAUCAAUAAAGUACAUUUAAUAACUAAUUCAGAUAUUGACAAAGUAUUCAAUACUACUACUAAUAAUAAUACUAAUAGUAAUAAUAAUAAUCUAAAAAAGUCAAAUGAUAAUAACAUAAAUAUGAUUCCACCAACUACACCGAAACAUAUUAAAUCAAGGAAUCAAUCAAUACGAAUUGAUGGAACAUCAGCUGAUCAUAUACAUAACAAUAUUGAUAAUAUUCAAAAUAAAAGUAUAUUAACUGGUAGACCUUAUAUUAAUCCAAAUAAACUACAUUGGAUUGAAUCAAACGAUUCAAAUACCCAUUAUUCAUUAGAAGACAGAGGAAGUUAAUAUAAACACAAGUUAUUUAGAACUAAUUUAUAGCCACUAUUAAAAACAAUGGUAUUCCAUGUUAUGAUCAAGAUUAUUACAAUUUUAUCUUUUAAUUUAUUAUUAACCAAUAUUUUCUAGUUGUUUGUUUGUUUGUUUAAUCUUUCAAUCGAUGUACUGUGAGCAAUUGUUUUCUUUUUCUUAUUCAUUGAGUAUCGCUUGUGAUGAAACGUGUCUGUUUGUUUAUUUAUUUGUUAUUUGUAAAUAAGUCUGUUGAUUGGUAUACAUGUAUGUGUGUAGUGCUGGUGGUGAUGGUGGCGGUGGUGGGAGGUAGGCCUGAGUCUAGGCAUUUAUUAUUUUAUUUUCUAUGUUAUUUUUGUCACUUCAAGAACAACAACAAACUAUUGUAUUUAACCAACCAUAUAUUUUCAGCCAGUAGUUUGCACUAUCUUAAAUAUGUAUAAUUGUUGAAUACGACAUAGAUUAUAGUGAAUAGUUCAAUUCAGUUAUUUUCUAUUCAUUUCUUGCUAGUUUUAAGCUAUAUGGAGAUAUACUGGUGAUAUACGGUGUUUAUAGUUUUGUGUGUGCAUGGUUAUAUUUACGUUGUGAAUUGAAAAGAUUAUAUUCAUCAUUUGUUUAUUUCAUCUCUUGGACACGUGUAUAUUAAAUAUGUCAUGUGAAUUCUUCUUCUUCUUCUUCUACUAC